CUUGAUAAUUGAUAUUGACAUGUCGUAUGCAAUGCACCUUCGCGUUUGUUGUGAUCUUUCUAACCUAUAUAAUUUAAUAUUAAUCACAUUUAAUGUUUUAGGAAGAUGAAUAUUUACUAAUUAUUGUGUGCGAUAAGUUUACAAAUGUACUACGAGUACGCAUGCGAUAUUACUCGUAAGUAAAAGUGCGAUUACUCGUUACUUGUGUACAUAACCUAGAAAUAAGUUUAUUUAACAAAAAUGGCAGAAAUACACGUCGACGAAGUCUGCCCGAAGAAGAAAAUGUACCCCAUUAUGCUCAACUUCCAAAACGGAGAAUUAACCGAUCAUUUUACCACCAAUGAUUGUAUGGUUUUUGAUAACAACACCAAUAACAUACGAACUGUUGCCACGGUAAUAGACAAAUUACUCUACGCCGGCGAAGAGAAGAAAGAGGAACUAGGCAAAACCUUCAUACUGGCGCGCAAUAAAAAAACGGGCAAGGUGAGAAUUAUAGAAACUUGCGUUGCAGACAUGAAACCUGUGUUAACCACAAAGCCUGAAUCAACAGAAGUCCUUGAGUCCAGCACGUUAGAGUUGAGCAGAAAGUUUGGCUCCAAAAAACAUAAACAAAAAAUGGAACAGAAAGAGAAACUCAAAGUCAAUGUUGAGACUGUUACAGAGCAAAUGCAGAACAUAUCUAAAGAUAUAUCUCAAGACGUCUUAGAUCUAACAUCGUAUGAUGAAAGUAAUUCAGACGAUUUCUACAUACCGAAAAUAAACCGCACCGCCACAAAAGUUGAGGACGUUUACAAUUUAAAUGAUAUCCUCACAGAAGGACAGUAUACAAAAAUACUAUCGGAGUUGGAAGGCAAAGAUUAUGUAUCAGAUAUGGUCGAUUUAGUUAAAAAUAUAGUCAAAACAAAUAAGUUAUCACCUAAAUUUACAGUACUCGCAGUGUACGCAAGUAGUUUGAUAGAAAUGUAUUCUUUGCCCGUCAAGAAACUGAUAACCAAGUCUUUGGUCAUAUGUCCCCACUCGAUCACUCUUAAUGAGUUAAUUUUUAGAGAUUUCUGCGUUACAUUGAACAAUAAACGCACUCGACCAGCUACGUAUAAAGACAAAACGUUGUGCCAUGCUAUAGUCUUUAUAUUAUUAAUAAACAAAUACAAAAUUGACAUGGAUUCGCUUUGUAAAGUCGCAAAAGUGACGCCAACCACUGUGUCGCUAAAAGUUAGAGUGACAGGUGCAUCUAUAGUGACUGUGGAUAAGAAAAAAAUUGUGCAUCUGAAACUGCCUUUAAACACACUAACACCUAAGUUCGGCAAACGGAAAAGUGCAAAGUUUUGAAUAAAUUUGAAAAUAUUCUA